CGCUGUGAAUGUCCUCCAGCGGAGAGUCAUGGUAGCGCAAGGUUUGCAGAAACCUCCUUUUCAGUUUACUGUGGUAUGGCAUUGGGCAUAAUGGAGACCAAACCAGUGAUAACCUUUCUCAAAACCCUCCUCAUCGUUUACUCCUUCGUAUUUUGGAUCACCGGAGCGAUCCUCUUGGCAGUGGGAGUAUGGGGGAAGUUUAUGCUGGGCCCUUAUAUCUCUCUGAUAGCUGAGAACACCACCAAUGCUCCAUACGUCCUCAUCGGCACUGGGACUGUCAUCAUCGUCUUCGGCCUGUUCGGAUGCUUCGCCACCUGCAGGGGGAGCCCAUGGAUGCUCAAACUGUAUGCAAUGUUCUUGUCCCUGGUGUUCCUAGCUGAGUUGGUGGCUGGGAUCUCUGGCUUUGUUUUUCGUCAUGAGAUAAAGGGAACCUUCCUGAGGACGUAUACUGAUGCGGUGUUGAACUAUGAUGCUGAGGAUGAGAAGAGCCUGGUUGUGGACAACGUCCAAAGCAGCCUGCGUUGCUGUGGGGUGUACAACUACACCAGCUGGUUGGGCAGUGUGUACUACCCUGCUAACGGCUUUCCCCUGAGCUGCUGCUCCAACUCCUCUGACUGCAGCCCACAGGACCUCCGCAACACCACCAUAAACCACACCAAAAUCAACCAGCAGGGCUGUUAUGAACUGGUCACCUCCUUCCUCGAGAUCAACAUGGCCAUCAUUGCAGGAGUGACUUUUGGCAUCGCUUUCUCACAGUUGAUUGGCAUGUUGCUGGCAUGUUGUCUGUCCAAGAUCAUUACAGCUAAUCAGUAUGAGAUGGUGUAGCUGGGAGAGCAGGGAGAUGAAGAGGAGAGGGUGAACAGCAUCUUGGUAGACUGGGACAGAAGAUCCCCACAACACUAGCACAUUGCAUCACUAACCCCCCUCUCUCGCUUUCUCCCCCCCCCUCCCUCCCUCUCUCGCCCUCUCUCUCUCACGUUCUCUC